AUGUCAAGACCCAUCAAUGAGCUGCAGAGAUCAUCUUCCGAUGGAGGGCUUGCCCACAACCAGGCAUCUGAAAGCAGCGCCCGCGGGGUUGUGAUUUCAGAUGAUUGGCCAGGGUACAGUUUGGAUUUAUUCACUUAUCCACAGCACUACUAUGGAGAUCUGGAAUAUGUGCUCAUACCUCAUGGCAUUAUUGUUGACAGGACAGAGCGCCUGGCCAAAGACAUCACCCAGGACAUUGGAGACAAUGACAUCGUGGUUCUUUGUGUCCUUAAAGGUGGUUACAAGUUCUGUGCUGACCUUGUAGAGCACAUUAAGAAUCUCAGUAGAAAUUCAGAACGGUUCAUCUCCAUGAAAGUUGAUUUUGUUAGACUGAAGAGUUACCAUAACGAUAAGUCUAUGGAAGAUAUGCAGAUAAUGGGAGAAGAUGAUCUUUCAGACCUGAGGGGAAAGAAUGUCCUGAUUGUGGAGGAUAUUAUUGGAACAGGAAGGACUAUGAAGGCUCUGCUUAAUAACAUAGAAAAAUGCGAGCCAAAAAUGAUCAAGGUAGCAAGUUUGUUGGUGAAAAGAACAUCUCAGCCCGAUGGGUUCAGACCUGACUAUUAUGGUUUCGAAAUCCCAGAUAUAUUUGUUGUAGGCUAUGCCUUGGACUACAAUGAGCACUUCAGAGAUCUAAAUCACAUAUGUGUCAUCAAUGACCAGGGCAAAGCAAAAUACAGAGUCUGAAUUAACACCUUUCUACUCUGAAGAUUUGUAAAUACAAUGACCCAGGAUUUUAAGUACAUUCCUUGAAUCAUCUCCCUGAAGACAUAUUCAGCAGUCCUAUGUCUUACCCAACUUGGUAUAAAAAGUGGAUUACUGUAGGGAUAUUGACUGAUAUUCAAAAGUGAGUGUUUCUAUCUAAAUGAAAAUACAGAGUUUUUUGAAUUAUUGUAGAUUUUAAAAUAUUAAAAUUACAAUAUGCUAUCUCUUUGGACUAAUAAGUUAUCCGCCUCCAUACUCAUUGUGAAUAACUUUCCUACAUUUAGUAAGUCAUUCUAAACCACCUGUCAGUUUUACAGUUAAUAUACCUUUCAGUGUUACAUAUAGUUGCUCAAGCAUUACAUUCUGUGUUCUAAAUCUUUUUGUAAUAGUACAGAAAUGUCUUAAUCAGACAUUUAAGCAUCACUUUAGUCCAGGUCAAAUCUGACACAACUGAAUUCGAAAUAUUGUUCACUUUUAAUUCUGUUACUAUGCUUCACAUGAAGUUUUAUAUCAAUGGAUUUAUUGAAGGUGAUUAUCAUCUAUUCCUUUAUAAUCUUUUGAACUGAAUAAUACAUUGAAUCUGAAUGAUGAUAUGAAAUGAACCUUUAGGAGACGCUCUUGAUUUAAACUGUCAAGAUGUGGGACUGAUGAUAUGUCAUGUAUGCAUGGAUCUACUCAACUGUGUUUAAUACGCUGAAUUGUAAUUAGAUUAAUUGUAAUUAGAAGAAAACAAUGGCAGAAAGGCUUCAGUUUCUCAACUGCAUCUUUUUAUUUGUGUAGGACAUAAACAAGUGACAGAAGUAACGUAAUGUUCUCAAGUGCAUAUUUCAAUAAUUAAAUUCAGUCAUGCACAAAAGUUUGUUUGCCAGGUAGUUAUUCCAUUAUAACUAUUAUUUUUCAUAGUAUGUCCAAAUUAACACAUUAUUUUUGUAGUAAGUUGUAUUAUAUAUAAACGCAGACAUGACUUAAGAAUCCUGCCAUAAAAGCAAUGACAUUUUAUAAAAAAACCAAACAGUAACAUAAAAACAAACUAACAUAAUAAAUAUUGCCAACUCUAAAGAUUUCCUGUUUUCCUUACACAUCAUGUUUGAAAGAAGUUUGUUAAUUUACCUGUUGUAUUAGUUUAAAAACAAAUGUAAUUAUGUGCUGUAUACAACUGUUCUCAAUAACUUCCUAAAGGAAGCCAAAGUAGGGUAAAUAAGUGUAACACCAUUGUUUUAUUCUGAACUGUAUGAGGCAUAUUGUUAUUAGGCUCCAGUUUCCUAUAAACUAAUAAAGAAACAGUAAAAACACUU